AUGGAAGCAACAACUAAAAGAAUAGACGCUACGCUCUUACAACUGAACCAAAACAACCUAGUUCGAAUCAUCGGCAAAUGUGAAUCAUACGAUGCAAACCACCAACAGGCAAUUUUGAUAAGUAAUGGAUCAAUCAAACUAGAUUUAUCAUCAGCAGCAGCAGCAUCGGAUGGAUCCAACGGUAAUGGCACAUUACAAGUGAAUAAGAACUACGAAAUCAUUGGAAAAGUGAGCCAUAACCCAUCUGAUUUGAAAGUACAUGUUUAUUCAAUUGUUGAAUUGACUGAUAAUUUGAAUUUGAAAGCGGCGGAGAAAUUGGUUCAGUAUACUUAUAAAGUACCGGAAUUGUUUUAUCAGGAAGCAUAG